GUCCGUAAUAAUAUGGACAGUACGAUGACAUACAGGUGCGAAAGAUCAGUAAAAUGGACUUCGGUUGUCAGAAAUGGUACUUCGAACCUUCACCUCGAUCGCCCAUGCCCACCGAAAGCGAUAGUCGAUUGCGUGUUUUACUCACUAAUGACGAUGGGCCUCCGGGCAAACAUUCUCCGUACAUCUAUGGUCUGUUUCGUCACUUGACUGUGGAACUAGGAUGGGACGUGAAAGUAGUGAUUCCGAGCUCGCAGAAGUCUUGGAUAGGAGUUGACUGUACAGGAAACGCAUAUCAGAUCACGGGAACGGUCUGUGGUCGGUACUAUUAUCCACGUGAACCUGAUGGUCUAGGGGUGAUAUCUGAAAGGUCUAGAUCAUUGGAGAAAGGCGAGACGGCAGAGUGGGUACUCUUAGAUAGCACACCUGCGACUUGUGCCAACAUUGCGUUGCACAAUCUCUAUCCUGGCCAGAUCGAUCUUCUGAUUUCAGGACCGAACCUCGGAUGCAAUGAUUCGGCUGCUUUUGCAUUGUCAUCGGGAACGAUCGGUGCUGCUCUUUCCUCCAGCCUUUCCAAAGUGCGAUCGAUAGCACUUUCUUAUGGCGCGGAACAACAGUCAAUCCCUGAAGAGUUAUACAAGCCAGCUCACGUAUUGAGUUCUCGCGUCAUCCGACAUAUUUGGGAGCAUUGGGCCCAAGAUAAAGAUGGUCUUCGCGAUGGCGAGGUUGAUUUGUACAGCAUCAAUAUACCCAUGGUUCGAGGACUUCUCAGCGAAGAGGGAUUGAAGAUAUGCUGGACAAACAUGUGGCGUAAUUCAUAUGGCCAUUUAUUCAAGGCUCACGCUAAUUCGGAGCCCAUUCCAUCUCCCGCCGGCCCGGAUUUAUCCAGCUCUGAAGCUGCUGGUCGCAGUCAGAGGGCGGUUCUCACUUCGGGUCGUAGCUUGACAUUCGAGUUCGCGCAUGUUGAGACGGAGCUUAAUCCGGCCGAUGUGCCAGUAGGGACUGACAGUUGGGCCCUCAUUCAUGGAAAUGUCAGUGUCACGCCAUUACGAGCCAGUCUUGCAGAGCCUAGCAUACAGAGCGAGGCGGGGCAGGGAGGCAAUGACUUUGAAGACGGUGAUCUGUGGAUGCAGAAGUUAUGACUGGUGUGUGGUUCGGUGAGGAUGCGUUCAGGUGAAUCAGCCUCUGACUCGGUAUUGAAGUGCUUAAGUACAUUGAUGUAUUUCAGAGACACUUUUGUCACGCAGUACUCCAUAAUGCCCUUAUGCGAAGGCUGUUCCCGACACUCAGAAGCAUACUCGACGGUAUUCGUUAACAGGUUUGGAGCCCUCCAUUAGACUCUAUGACACUAGAUGUGAGUCAAGCCAU